GGAUUUGCGUUCCAUUUGGGAACUCCACCCAAAAUGGAAUAAACAACCGCACUGAGUUGAGUAGUCAAAUAUGCCUCAAACUUACAGCUGGAACGCACGGCCAUGUUUAAUGAAGUUGUGGUUUGGAACGCAAGAUCUCCGAUAGAAGGAAGUGAGUUGCAAUCCCUGGAAGUUAUCAUGAAGCCAGAUGACUGCCUGAAUAAUAUUCAUAUUGAAACUGAAAACUUAGAUGAAGUGGACCUGACAAAACUCACUGGGGAGGCCCAUUCAUUGUCUAAUGGCAUAGUGCCUCCAUUCACAGAUAAAACUUUUCGAAAGGCUACAAGUUUCAAACAAAAAUGUGCCACUUAUGUUCUGGCACUUCGUCCCUGGAGCUUCAGUGCCUCUCUUAUACCUGUAGCAUUGGGGACUGCCAUUGCCUAUCGCUCUGAAGGCUCACUGGAUUUAUUGCUUUUUGUUGUCUGUGCUGUGGCAGUGCUGGCUGUGCACGGAGCUGGGAAUCUAGUAAACACUUACUAUGACUUCUCCAAAGGUAUUGAUCACAAGAAAAGUGAUGACCGAACCUUGGUAGACCAUAUCCUUGAACCACAGGAUGUUGUGCGGUUUGGUGUUUUUCUUUACACUUUGGGUUGUUUGUGUGCUGCAUGCCUGUACUUCAUAUCAAAGUUGAAGCUAGAACACCUGGCUCUUAUAUAUUUUGGAGGACUGUCUAGUUCAUUCCUUUAUACUGGAGGAAUAGGAUUUAAGUAUGUUGCUUUGGGAGAUCUUGUAAUCCUUAUCACAUUUGGUCCAUUGGCUGUUAUGUUUGCUCAUGCAGUGCAAGUUGGUUACCUUGCAGUAACUCCUUUACUGUAUGCUGUUCCCCUUGCCCUCAGCACUGAAGCCAUUCUGCAUAGUAACAAUACUCGGGACAUGGAAUCAGAUCGACAGGCUGGCAUAGUAACCCUUGCAAUUCUUGUUGGCCCAAUGUUUUCAUAUAUGCUUUAUAACUUGCUUGUUUUCCUCCCAUAUCUCAUAUUUUCAAUCCUUGCAACAAGAUACACAAUAAGCAUGGCCUUACCACUGCUUACUAUACCACUGGCUUUUUCUCUAGAAAGACAAUUCAGAAGUCAGAACUUUAACAAAAUUCCACAGAGGACAGCCAAACUCAAUCUGCUUGUUGGACUUUUUUAUGUCUUUGGGAUUGUUCUAGCCCCAGCUGGCUCUCUUCCAUGAAUAUAUAAAUAUUUAGACCUUUUUAUGGCAGAGUAUUUAAAAUGGUAAAAUAUAAUUAACAUAAUAAAAUGAUAAAAAUACGUAU